AUGAUAUCAAGAAAAGCAACUAGAAUUGAAUUAAAUAUUGAAGAUAUAGAAGAGUAUGAACAAUUAAAGAGAGAACAAACACAAGAAUAUAAUCAAAUGCUAAGAAUGAAUGCUCAAACCACACCUAAAGAAGGAAUGAACAUUGAAAAGAAGCUACCUCUCGUUAAUACCUCCAAUCCUUCAAACACUAAUACUAAAUCGCCUUCGACUGCUCAACGUAUUGGAUUUGAUUAG